AUGGUAAUAAUGACACCCUCCAAUGCGGAAGGGAGUUGGGUGGUUGCGGGGCCCACCGAGCUAAACUGCGAUCCCCCAUUGUGCGACCUUCGCUUUUUAGGAGUGGGAGCCAUAUGGCCUCAUCCGGAGGCAUAUUUUAUAAUUUUUUAUUUUUUUGCUUUCAUGACAUUUUCCGUGAGUCUUUUUGGUCGAUUCUUUGCGGCGGUGGGUGCGGUGGGGUCGAUCGCCUUUUCGGGUGCUGGGAAUUAUUCUUUUCGUUGGGAUUGGACAUGCAGCCGUGGUGCGGCGAGGGCGCAUUUCACGGAGUGGUGA